GGGACUUCCCAGAAAUGAAAGUGGAAGCAAAGAGCCUGCAGGCAGAACGUUCCGAAGUGCUUUUCAGGCUCUGAGGGGAGAUAAGUGUCAGAAGGUGGAAGCAAGAGUUCUGUUGGGUGGAUUCUGCCGCUUGGUUUCCAGCUCUGAAGCCUCGGCUCUUGCCAACCAGACCCCAGACCCAUGUCAGUGACUCCAGAUCCCGCAUGCUACAGGAAGGGGGACCUGAUACAAUCCCUUCAGGAGGAGCAGGCCAGACUACAGAUGAGGCUGCAGGAACUGCAGCAGCUGAAAAGGGGGCUCAGGAACUCCCCCCAAGACAAGGUCCCAUUCCCAGUGCCUGAAGUCCCCUUGGUGUUCCGAGGACACAUUCAGGAAGGGAUGGAAGCGCCCAAGUCUUUGGUUUCCGACCUGCAGAUCUGCUACCCUAUGCCUGGAGGCUCUGCUCUGGUCAUCUUCGAUGACCCCAAGGUGGCCAAGCAGGUGCUACGACAAAAGGAGCAUCAGAUUGAGCUGGAAGAGUGCCGGCUGCGGGUGCAGGUCCAGCCCGUGGAGCUACCCGUGGUGACAACCAUCCAGGUGUCCAGCCAGAUGAGUAGCCAGAGAGUGCUGGUCAGUGGGUUUCCUGCUAAGCUCAAGCUGAGUGAGGAGGAGCUGCUGGACAAGCUGGAGCUCUUCUUUGGCAAGACCAAGAACGGGGGUGGAGAUGUGGAGACUCGGGAAAUGCUGCAUGGGGGUGUCAUGCUGGGCUUUGCCAAGGAUGAAGUGGCCCAGAACCUGUGCCGGAUUGGCCAGUUCACGGUGCCAUUGGGUGGGCGGCAGUUCCCUCUGAAAGUCUCUCCCUACAUGAGCGGAGAGAUCCAGAAGGCAGAGAUCAGGUUCCAGCCAGUGCCACAGGCAGUGCAGGUGCUCAACAUUCCCGAUGUGCUGGAUGGCCCCGAGCUGCAGGAUGUCCUGCAGGUCCAUUUCCAGAAGCCCACCCGUGGGGGAGGGGAGGUGGAGGCCCUGACAGUCGUGCCCCCAGGAGAGCAACGCCUGGCGGUCUUCACCACCGAGUCCAGCUAGGAGCCUACCCUCUCAUCGCCCUCCAGCCUUCUGCCAAGGUUCUCAAACUGGGCUGGGGUUGGGUGCAUGUGGAUGAUCAAGAUCAUGCUAGUCAACGGAGGGCAGGACUCUGAGUUGUGAAACGCUGUCCCAGACAGUAAAAGUGCCUGCCUGGA